AUGGAGGCGGCGUCUGUCGAGAAGGAUGGGCACAGUGGCAACGACUUGCUUGGCCUGAUGCUGCAGUCCAACAGGGCGUCCGAUUCAGGCCAGAGGAUGAGCACCCAGGACGUGAUCGAGGAGCUCAAGCUCUUCUACUUCGCGGGGAUGGAGACCACGGCGGCGCUGCUCACAUGGACGCUCGUCGUGCUCGGCAUGCACCCCGAGUGGCAGGACCGGGCCAGGGAGGAGGUCCUGGGCGUCUUCGGCACAGACGACACACCCAGCUUCGACGGCCUAAGCAGAUUGAAAAAGGUAACGAUGGUACUGAACGAGGUGCUGAGGCUCUACCCGCCGGCGGUCACCAUGAACCGGAAGACGUCCAAGGAGACACAGAUCGGGGGCAUCACGUACCCUGCGGACAUAGUCCUCGAGAUGCCCAUCAUCCUGCUUCACCACAGCCCGGACCUGUGGGGGGACGACGUGCUCGAGUUCAAGCCAGAGAGGUUCGCGGAGGGGAUCUCCAAGGCAACCAAGGACGGCCAGCCGGGCUUCUUCCCCUUCGGCUGGGGGCCCAGGAUCUGCAUCGGCCAGAACUUCACGCUGCUCGAAGCCAAGAUGGCGCUGAGCAUGAUCCUUCAGCGCUUCGAGUGGCGGCUCUCGCCUUCCUACGCCCACGCGCCGUGCACCGUCUUGACGCUGCAGCCUCAGCAUGGCGCGCAGAUUAUACUCAAGAGUCUAUGAUGGCCGGCCGCUCAUCUUGUCCAGCUAUAGCAUCUUCGUUGUCAUGCUUAAAAUCCGUAGUUCAAGAACAUUGCAAAUAUGGGGAAUACAAAGGAAGAUAUCUCAACCGCAAUCUAGCUAGUGUUGGCAGAAACGAGGUGGAAGAACACAUAAUAGACAUACGAACGCCCUCUUUGGUUUUUUUUUUUCUUCGAUAAUGGGUGUUUUAUCGGUUUUGCUAUGUCUCAGUUAACUUGAGAUUUUCUUAA